UGUAACACCCUAACUACCAGUUUCGUAUUAUAGUUCUAUGCGUUUAUGAAACUACACAGAGUAACAUGGCCGCCAGUUCUCGACAUGUACGGAACCAGUUCCAGCAUGAAACCGGUUUGGAACUAGUUUUCAUUGGUUUUUCGGCCUCCUGCGAGACCGUGCCACGACCGAGAUUGGCACUCGUGUCAGACUUCUCUUAGAGGUUAGAACGGAGAUUACGUUGCGAGAGUGUGCUAAUAUGGCCGAUAAUACAGAGCAAGAAGGGGAAUACCUCGACGAACAAAUGGAAAUCAACCUCGAUGAACAAAUGGAAAUCAAAGUGGAACCGACGCUGCAGGGGUAUGUUGAAGAGGAACACGAAAACGAUUUCCCCGGUUCUGAUAGUAACAACUUAAUUCCUUCUAGUGCUGAUGUCGGUACUUUAAAUUUAUGGACCAGCAAAGCAACGGCAUGUCUUAUUAACCAAUAUAAAAAAUAUCAUUCGAUGGUAGGACAAUCGACUCAGAUUCGAAGUUUACGCGGAAUGUUUGAGACGAUUUCUCUCGAAAUGCAAAAACAUGGCUUUUAUUUUAGUCCGCAAAAAUGUGAAAACAAAUGGCGUGUCCUCGAACGAAAGUACAAGAAUCUAGUGUCUCGAGAGUUAUUGAAAAAGCCCGGUAGGGUGAGGCAUUACGGACAAUGGGAGCACAAAAGGGCAUUGGACGAAAUUUUUAAGGAAAAGAAACGACGUAUGUAUUUCCAGAAAAGUGAUUUCCCAUCGCAAGCUAGUCGUGCAAGAUACAUGUUUAUUUUACCGAAACCGAUAAACGAGGAACAGAGCAAUAUUACUGUCGUCAAUCAGCAACAGGAGAUCCCUCUUGCGGCGCCGUCCUCAAACUCCUCCACAAACAACAAGAGCGAAUUAAUGGAUCAAAAGGAGAGUCCAACAACGUUUUUCAACAAAUUUCUCGAAGAGAUAGCGAAGCAUUUCGCGAUGACGGAGAAGAAUAGAGAAAAGAGACAUAAAGAAGAAAUGGCAAUGCGACAAAAUGAGUUAGAAAUCCAGAAAAGGCUGUUGAAAUUAAAAGAGCAGAAAAUAGAGUUGCAGAAACGUCAAAUAAUUGCCGCUGCUCAGCACCUACAUUUGAACAUGUAGCAUGAGAAAUUGGGAACUCCUUGCGAAUGAAUCGUGUAGAAAAUGAAUAAUUGAAAAAGUUCAAUUUAAAAACGAGUGAUUUUAAGUUUGAUAGUUAAUUAGCAUUACAGUUUGCAAUUUUCAUUAAUUGUUUCUAUGUAAGAUAAUUUGUACCAACAGAGUUUAUCAGAAUGAUAUAAACAGUUUAAUUAUUAUGACGUAUGUAUGAAAUUAUAUCUACUCUCCAAUAUGUACACUUUUGUAGAUACGUUACGAUUGCUUGCUAGUUGCGCGAAACAACGUUCAGGUGGUAGCACCUUCCAUCUUGUCCAUGGCUGUGUAUCAUUUGAUAAUCGAUGUAUGUCGAGUUCUGUUUUUUCGACUGUCAAACCGUACAAAUCUUUGGUCAUGUAUCAGCGUUUCUGCCUCUUAAAUUUUACAAGAGGCUGUACGCCAUCGUUUAAACGAAUAAAAAUUGUUAAGGAUAAGAA